UUACGAGCCUGGGCGGAGCCUGCGUGCGAGCUUAUGGCGGUUCUUUUGACUCCGCGGUUCCGUAUCCUUGGCAGCCAGAGCGAGCUUCCUGGCCCAGGGCGGAGCGGGCAGAGUUUCGUGAGCCCUAGAAGUGGCUUGUGCCGGAAAAGGAGGACAGCCUCCACUCCUGUCUCGAGGCACUGUCCACCAUGUCUCGGUCUAACAUUUCAUGGAAGGACAGGCGGACAGCUUCUGUUACAAAAGGAAUUUGAAGGAUGCUCUGGUCCUUUUCAAGCUACUCACCUAUGGGAUGGUAUUAUUCACUCCCUUCAAACUCAAGUGGAAAUAAAAAGGAGGAGGCAUCAUUUACGAACAUACAAAGACUGUUUUACUGGUUCUGAUGCUGUCGAUGUAGUAUUAAGUCAUCUUAUGCAAAAUAUGUGCCUAAGUAGUAAUGACAUCUCUCGUCUUAAAGGAGUUCGUCUUUGCCGAGUUCUAAUGAACCAUAAAGUAUUUGAACCCGUAGGAAUGAGGCUAUUCAAAAAUGAAAAGGAAUUGGAAUUUGAAGAUUCAAACAAUAGUCUCUACAGGUUUCUAGACAAUAAAUCAUCUUAUGUUUCUUGCAAAAGAAAAAAGGAUUCUGAGAAUGGGUUAACGGAUGAAAUGAAAGCAAAGGAAUCUUUAAGACAAGAAGAUGAAAUUAUUUCAAAUCCUCUAGCACAAGAGAUUGGUGAGGACAGACUUGAGGAACUUAUUCAUACAAUGAAUGGGAAUCUGGUUUUACCUCCAAAUACCAUGGUUGAUAAACCUGUUCUGCCCAUUUCAAAAGAAGCUGUGGAAGAAGUUUGGAAACAACAAACAUUGUUACAUAUUCUUCAAUUGAUUCACCUUCCAUUCUUGGAAAAUAUUUUGGAGCCUCCAGUUAAAACACAAAAUCAUCAAUUAAGUAAAGAGGAAGAUCUCAUUAUCUCAAACACUUGUCUAGACAGAGAGAUUAUUCCAAGCUUAUGUCUAACUGAGGUUGAUAACUGGCUUAAUGCAGCAAUUGAAUGCUUGGAAUAUUUCCCUGACCAGCUAAUAGUUACAGUUAGUCAGCAGUUAGUGCAAAACAGAAAUGAAGAGACAAGAUUGAAUAUACAGAAGAAGAUACUCUUUGAUGUGAUAGUAAAAUAUUAUAAUCAAGAGAGAAAUUGCCUGUUAACUGAUGAGUAUUUUGAUAUUCAUUCAGGAAUUAUUGAACUUUUAGAAAAUGAGAAAGAAACAGAAGCACUUGAAGCAACACAACUAUAUCUAAGAUUGUUGUUGCCCAACAUUAGAGAAGAAUUACGACGGCUUCUUGCUUUUAUGGCUAUUGCAUCAGAAGCUAAUGCCUACAAGUUACAAAAACAGUAUGAUAACAAAACGGUAGUCCUGAAAACUCUUGCCAAAGCCGUUUUGCCAGCCAAAUCAUUUUUAAAAGUACAGGCAGAACAACUAGUCUGUUUUCUACUGGAGAAUCACUCUGAGCUCUUCAAGACACCCGUUACUUUAUUGGCUCUGGUUAGUAAGAAACUUAAGAAGCUUCUACAUGGAGAAGAUCCAGAUGCCAUAUCAGGCUUCACAUUUUGCCAACACUUGACAUACAAGGAGUUUGAAAAACGAAAGGAGAGGACGAUUCAAAAUCUUCACCAGUUGGCUCUUGAGAUUAAUAGUAACCCCAGCAUCUCUUUGAAACAAAAAAAGAAAUUAAUCAAAGAAUUUCAAAAACACCAUCCAGAAGCUUUGCAUUAACAUUUCUGGGGCAAGAAACUAUAAUCUGUAAAUAUAAACAAUUCUCUGGUGGUUUUCUCAAACUGCCAUACUUACAUUUCAGAGACGGAACAGUCUCCAAGCAUUCUAAGUAUAAUCAUGUUUAAAAGAUAUUAAGGAAGGUGGUCAAAAGGUACAAACUUCCAGUUAUAAAUAAGUCCUGGGGAUGUAAUGUACAGCAUGGUGCCUAUAGUUAAUAAUACCGUUGUAUAUUUGAAAGUUGAUGAGAGUAGAUCUUAAAAAAUUUCAACAAAGUUUUUAACUUUAAAAGUGAAUACAAAUUAAUUAAGUUCAUGUAUGCUGAUUCACUUAAUUAUUAUGCUGCUAAAAUCACUUAUUAAAUGUGCUGCUAUUAUUAGGGAUUGGGUACAGUUAACUUCCUUAGAAUUUUUUUUUCCACAGAAAAGGACCAUUCAUACAUAAGUUCUCCGAAGAAAGCAUGCACUUUCCUUAGUAUAUAUUAUUUUUAAGCUACUCCCUUAGGGUACUGUAACUUAAAUGCUGUGAAUCAUCGAAAUAGGAUAAGGCUUAUAAAGUAGAUUUUAAAAGCCACAAAUUUAAAAUUCAUAAAUAUCUAAAACCAUGA